CUUAAGUGUGCGCAAGUGCCGUGAAGUAGUGUGAGAAAAUGGCAGACGUCUCUUUGGAUGAGGUGAUACGGCAGCGCGGCAUUAAUGUCAAGGCACCCGCUAAACGUCCAACAUUUGGUCGGGGUGCUGGAGGGGUUGGAAAGAGUUUUGACGCCAGACAAAAGAUUGGUGUUAACGAUAUGAGACAACGUCUUGGCGGAGGAACAGCUUUUCCAGUCAAAGAUGCCAGAGAAAAGCUUGGCCUAAAAGAUGCACGCUUCAAGAUCCGUGGCCGGGGAGGAGCAGGAGGAUUGCAGGAUGCCCGUCAGAUGAUUAAUUCACGCAAACAGGGACAGACUCCAUUUAAUGUCCCUGUACAAGCUGUGCAAAAGACAGCAGUAACACACCAGCUAUCAACCCCUAUACCACAGAUUCAGAUACACACUAAUAAUAAUAAUCUUGGUGGUGUCAACUCAAGGCAGUUUGCCUCCACUGUACAAGGACUGAAUGUGAGGGGCAGCACAACACAACAGCUGAACAAUAACAAGAGAAUGAUGGAUGCUCGGGAUAGGCUAAGCCUCAAGAGGAGCAUUGGAGGGACACAGACACAAGCUGUUGCUGCAAUUCCCCUAAAAAUAACCAAGACCAUCCAGCAACGUCCAAUGGGGAUGUCAGGUGGAAUACGUGCAGCUACACAGCCCAUUUCCAAUGAGCACGAUGGGACACCGAGUAAACAGUUUAAGAUCACUACUCCUAACAACAUGCUACAGUCUCGGUCGAGUGCAGCAGGCUCCCCAUUCUCCAUGUCAGCACCGAUCACCAAGGUGGUUAAAAAUGAUGCUUACACAGCCCCCCGUCCUCCUGUGCCUGUGGCUCCCACCAGGCCCAGCACCAGCAUGUCUGCCACCCGGUCCUCAGCUGCAGCUUUACAGCCGGUUUCCAGGACUCUGCAGCAAAGCACAGCAGAAACCAGCACAACACCUACUCCUCCUCAGCCUACUUUCAGUCCUUUGGAAGGGACAAAAAUCACAGUAAACAACCUGCAUCCCCGGGUCACUGAGGAAGACAUAGUGGAACUGUUCUGUGUGUGUGGUGCCUUAAAGCGAGCGCGACUGGUGAAGGUGGGUGUGGCUGAAGUGGUGUUUGUCCGUAAAGAGGAUGCUGUCAGUGCGUACAGGAAAUACAACAAUCGCUGCCUGGAUGGCCAACCCAUGAAGUGUAACCUUCAUAUUCAGGGAAAUGUCAUCACUUCUGAUCAGCCCAUUCUAUUGAGGCUCAGUGACACUCCAGGCACAGGGAGCACCACAAAGAAAGAUGGUCUGCCCCCCUCUUUGUCUCGUCCCAGUGGUCAGCGAGCUUCAUCUCAGCCCACACCAGAGGUGGACCCCCAGACCAUCCUCAAAGCCCUGUUCAAGUCUACUACACAGUCCACCUCCACCACUGAGCCCCCCAGCUCGCAGGCCACUGCCUUCCGUAUCAAGAUAUAACCCAUGUCUAGUGUUCAUAAACAUAUUACUGCAUUCCCAAUGUUGUCCAUACAAACUCUGGUUUUCACUUUGACAGCAGGCACACCACAUUUCUCUGCAAUGAACCAGAUUUUUACACAUUUGAUAUACAUGACUGUGGAAAGUGGAAUGAACGGAUGCACCAUGUCCUUUUCAUUUUGUUGUAUCAAUGUCAUCGAUUUGUUCCUUAGAAGAACCUGUGGGAAGAAGUGUGAUGUGAUUUGUUGUGUUAAUCUGAUAUGGUCGGGAAUGCCAAAUGAAACUGGAUGUGUUGAAUUUUAUUUCAUUUUAAUUCUUUUGGUAAGCCAAAGCCAACUCAUUUUGUUUUGGUUUUAAUGCCCCCAUUUAUUUCCACCUAUUCCUACUGAUCAAAAGGUUUAACAGACUGAACAUGGUCUCAAAAAAGGGUAACAUUGAGCAAAAUUGUGAAAACCCGUCAGGAUUGUCAUUUACGGUCCACAUAGCCCUUAGAAUAACACAACAAAGGAGAAUGUAGCAAUUGUCCUGUCUCUAAGCAGGUUAUUGAAGUUAACUUCACCUAAAAAAUUGAAAACUCUUUUGUCAAAAUCUGAAGUAAACGGAAACUGUGACUACAGAUGUAUCUGUAAACUACUCAAGCCAUCACAUGUUGAUGCUUUGUUUGGUAAUUUCAUUCUCCUGACAUCCAGAUUUUUGUGUGCUUUGACUGUGACUGGCUGCCCAGUUAUAGAACUGUGUAUUAUUUGUAGUAUACAUUACACCCAAUUUAUGUUGAACUGUAAACUACUUCUGUUGCUUUCUCAUGUCAGUCAAGAAGAGGAUAGAGAGGUCAGUUCUGUCUGUAAAAUGUGGCCAUUAAAUAUCAGCUUUGUACA